CUUACGACAUAUUUCACCAGUCUCGCGUCGAACGCGCUUACGGCGUGACGUGUACGCUCUAUGUAUUCAUUUUUUGUCAAAUGUAACAUGAAAUAUUUCGUGAAAAUUUAAAUUACUUAGUAAAAGUGUAAAUAUUGUUAUUAUGUGAAGUUAUCGGUUUUUUUCUAUUAUAAAAAGAUCACCUCGACAAAAAAUCAGAAUCAACGUUAUGCAAUAACAAACAAACAAUGGCAGACACAAAAGACACUGGAAAAUCUAGAGAAGAAUCGAACAAUGGACACGCAAAUAUUCCAAACAAUACAGAUAUCAACACAAUUAAUUCCAUCAAAUCAGAGGAUAAAGGCACAGUGGUUCAUUACGCAAGAGAUGAAGUCGAAUCACCCGUUGAAAGGGUCAAAUUCGAAGGUUUAGAUGAUUAUGAUAGUAUAUGUUCGGAAGAUAGUCACGAUGUAACAAAAACAGCACUUCCACCCAUUCCCGAUGGUGGGUGGGGCUGGGUUGUAGUCGCUGCAGCAUUCCUAGUAUCAGCAUGUGCUGAUGGCCUCGCGGUCUCCUUCGGUCUUCUACACGAAGAAUUUACCGCCUACUUCGAAACUACACAAUCAAAAACUUCAUUGAUUGGCAGUCUGUUCAUCGCUACUCCACUUUUAGCAGGACCAGUCAUGAGUGCCUUAGUAGACAGGUAUGGAUGUAGAAUCAUGACCAUGAUCGCUGGAGUUCUCUCUGCUCUGGGUUUCCUAUUAGCUUCUGUAAGUAACUCAGUAGGAAUGUUAUGUCUAACUUUUGGCUUCAUGAGUGGAUUAGCAAUGGGAAUAUUGUACGUAACUGCAGUAGUGUCUGUAGCUUUCUGGUUUGAUAAACGAAGAAAUCUAGCUGUAUCUUUAGCCACAUGUGGCAUAGGCUUUGGUACUCUUAUUUAUUCACCAAUGACUCACUACCUCUUAGAAAUAUAUGAUUGGAGAAAUACUAUUGUUUUAUUAGCUGGUACUCUACUGAAUAUGUGUGUCUGUGGAGCGUUAAUGAAGACCCCUGAGUGGUUAGAAAUUAAACAAAAACGAGAACGAAGGCUCUCUAAAGCUAGAUCUCGAAGAUCAUCAAGUGCUGGUUCCACUUCGUCGAGAUCAAUAGGAGGGGAGUCAGCGUACCUAGACUCUGAAGAGUUGAAGACUUUGUUAGAAUCUGGGAAGAGCCCUGAAUAUAUUUUAGCGACAUUAGCAACCAGUAUAGCGGAAGCUGAAGAGUUAGAAGCUACAACACAGGCGAAUGCGGAGAGUCCUUGUAAGAGAAUGCAUUCAGCUAUACAUCUACCGACGUUUGUACAACAAAACGAAAAGGUACCAGCUGAAGUAAUAGAUAAACUGAUGAAAAACAAACGCCUCUACAACAUUAUUUUACAAAACUAUCCAGACGUGUUAACGCGAAGGCAUUCGGACAUAAACGUUAAUAUAGAGAAUACAGAAAAUACUAAAGAACCUGCCAAACUUCCCGUAGAAAUUAAAGCAAAGAAACCUAAAGAUGGAACUGAGGCAGAGGUUAAAAAGGGUGACAGUGAGAAGAAGGCAGACAAUGAAGUUCUAAAGACUGAGAAUACAAAGUCUAAUACAAAUAUUAAUUUGACGAAGCAGAAAGUCGCUGAGAAAGACGCAAAGUUAUUACAGCAGCAGCAACAGGGUUGGUUUAAACAAAUGUCGACUGACCACCAUUACUUGAGAGAUGUCCCCUUGUAUAAAACGACGAUGAUGCACCGAGGAGCCAUGAUGUCCAUUACUAGAUACAAACUCAGGGCGUCAUCGCUACCCGAUAUGUAUAGAAACUCGUCGUGGUCUCUUUAUUCUGAAUCCGAUGAUGAAAUGAGAUGGUACAACCGCUUCUUCCAAGCUCUGAACUCCAUGUUUGAUUUCAAAAUGUUCACGGAGUUCCACUUUCUGCUGUUCAAUCUAUCGUGCAUGAUUCUCUCCGUGUGGUUCAUCGUGCCAUACUUCUUCCUCAACUCCUAUAUGAACGAAAUGGGGACACCUGGUGGACCUUUGAUGAUCUCUAUCAUUGGAGUUGCUAGCAGCAUUGGAAUUGUAGCUCUCGGCUGGGCAGGAGACCAGCCCUGGGUGAAUGUAACCAAGACCUACGCAGGUUGUCUCAUCAUCUGCGGCGCGACAGUUGCCGUCUAUCCUCUGUUCAUCACCAACUACUGGGCCCUGACCGUCAACUCCACAUUCUUCGGGCUCACCGUCGCCAGCGCCUACUCCUACAUGCCCAUGAUCCUCAUGGAGUUGAUGCCUAUUGAGAACUUCACUGUGGCCUAUGGACUGAUCCUCCUCACGCAAGGUAUUGGACAUCUUGUUGGACCGCCUAUUGGAGGUAUGCUGUACGAUCUCACGGGAUCUUGGGAGCUGACGUUCUACAUAGCAGGGUUAUGGCUUGUCGUGUCAGGUCUAUUCGUGGGCGCUAUAGCCUACACGAAGAACUUGCGACUCUGCGGCACAUCCCCACUUUUGAAGGAGGCUGCGGAAGCGAAGAAACUUAAUGGCUGCGAAGAAACCAAAGUUUAAGAAUGUAACUUGUCACCAUCGUAAUAAAGUUAUUUUUUAAGUUCCUUA